CACCCCCGCCCCUGUCCUCGCGCCCCUGCUCCCCGCCCCGCCCGCGCUAAAUUGCCAAGCUUUCCCAAUGGAGGUGACCGUCGGGUAACCCGUCGUCCGUCCGCGUCCGCCAUGAGUCCUUGAUUUUUCCUAUUAUUAGGAGAUUCUCCGGGGCUCCGGAUUUGGCUGGGGGAGGAGUGAGGGGGAGGGGGAGGCUGGUCCAGAUUUGUGGGCGUGUUCCCGCGGGGGAACUGAUGGUGGGUUACAUGGAGUGGUCGCACGACUGGCUGCUGUGGGACGCCUUCUUGGAAUGCGGAGGGAUCCGGAGGCCGCCGAUUAGAUAGCGGCCGGGGAGGAGGAGGGAGGAGCGGAGGACCAGGAGGAGGAGGAGGCCGCCAUUAGCACCCACCCUGCCACCACCCCGACGCCCGACUCGCCACUCACCAGCCGGGCGCCCAUGGGGGAGGACCUCGUCACCACCCUCUCCAUGGAGAACGGCGGCGGCGGCGGGGGCCACCACGGCCUCUGCACCCUGCUCUCCAUGGACCCCUCCGGCCACCUCGACGACCGCGCCGUCGGCGUCAUGGUGCAGCCCCGCGCCGGAGGGGGCCGCCCCCACGCCCACGCCGUGUCCCUCUCCGGCGCCCCGCCGCCCGACAUCAACCAGCCGUGGCAGACGGAGCCCUGCGACAUGCUCGGCGUCGGCCUUGGCCCGCAGGUGUUCGACGCCGAGGCCGUGCUCAGCGCCGCGCCCAAGGCUGCCGCCGCCGGGAGCCGCAAGACCACCAAGCGCGGGGACAGCAUCUGGGGCGCCUGGUUCUUCUUCACCUUCUACUUCAAGCCCCUGCUGUCGGACAAGGCCAAGAGCAAGGUCGUCCGGGACGCCAACGGCGUGUCGGGGUUCGACAAGUCGGACCUCCGGCUCGACAUGUUCCUGGUGCAGCACGACAUGGAGAACAUGUACAUGUGGGUGUUCAAGGAGAGGCCGGACAACGCCCUCGGCAAGAUGCAGCUGCGGAGCUACAUGAAUGGGCACUCACGCCCCGGUGAGCCGCAUUUCCCUUUCAGUGUCGACAGGGGAUUUGUCCGGUCGCACCGGAUGCAGCGCAAGCACUACCGGGGGCUCUCCAACCCGCAGUGCAUCCAUGGGAUCGAGGUGGUGAGCUCGCCGAAUCUCGUGGGCAUCACCGAUGUCGACCGGAGGAGGUGGGCGGAGCUCACAGGGAGGGAGCUCAAUUUCUCCAUCCCACAGGAGGCCAGUGAUUUUGGGACAUGGAGGACCAUGCCAAGCUCAGAGCUUGAGCUGGAGAGGCCACACACACACACUGCCAUGAAGAGCAAUACUAAUAAUGUUCAGCAGCAGCCCCCCAAGAAGACGCUUAAUGGAUCUGGCUUGAAUUUGUCAUCACCAUCCAAUCAUUCAGGAGAGGACGGCAUGGAUCUCUCCCCUGUGAGCAGCAAGCGCCGGAAGGAGGCAUUCCCACAUGCCAUGGAUGAGGAGUGCUUCCUGCCUCUGAACCCUUGCAACGGGAGGACACAACAAGAUGUCGACAUGCAAUCAGCAGUGCAGCCUUCAUGGAUGCACGAGUUCACCGGGGUGAUGAGGAAAGCCUCCGGGCCGGCAACUGCUGCCAAGUCCAUUUACGAGGAUGACCAGGGCUACUUGAUAAUGGUCAGCUUACCAUUUGUCGAUCAGCAGAGGGUAAAGGUUUCAUGGAAGAACACCCCCACUCACGGCAUAGUUAAAAUCUUCUGUGUUAGCACGGCCCGGAUGCCAUACAUAAGGAGACAUGACAGGGUCUUCAAGCUCACCGACGCCAUGCCGGAGCACUGCCCUCCCGGGGAGUUCAUCCGCGAAAUACCUCUAGCCACCCGUAUCCCCGAAGACGCCAAGCUUGAGGCAUGCUUUGACGAGGCCGCUGCGGUUCUUGAGAUCAUGGUCCCCAAACGGGGGAACGAGCCGGAAGAACAUGAAGUCAGGGUCUCCAUGCGCCCUCCUCACCUGGGAGUGAACGACCUGCUUAUGACAUAGGUAAUGGAAGGCCUAUCUUUCUUGUCUGUGAUCACCAGAUCGUGGGUAUGCUCGAAGGGGCUACUGUUAGCAUCUUGUUCCGGGACUGUUACUGUUGAUUACUGUGCUAGGCCUCUUCAGCAACAAGCUUUUGCUCAAGAUUAGUUGGUUCUAGCUUGUAUGUGACGGGUGUCUUUUUAACCCUCGUGUUCUCUUCUCCUAGCGUCAUAUUGUGGGUGGCCUGUUUGUCCUUGAAUCUGUACCAAGUUCAGUUAACAGAAUAAAAUUUAUAAUUGGUGGGUUACUGCUCAA